AUGGGAGAGAUGUCAAGCUUCCAAUUGGGUGUUAUUGGUGCACUAUUUCUCUCAGUGGCUUCUUCUGUCUCCAUUGUCAUAUGCAACAAAGCCUUGAUGAGCAAGCUUGGCUUCCCAUUCGCCACAACGCUAACAAGUUGGCAUUUGAUGGUUACAUUUUGCACCCUUCAUGCUGCUCAACGCCUCAAUCUGUUUGAGGCCAAGCCUGUUGACAUGAAAACAGUCAUGCUUUUUGGCAUUCUAAAUGGUGUCUCCAUUGGAUUUCUCAACUUGAGCCUUGGCUUCAAUUCCAUUGGAUUCUACCAGAUGACAAAACUUGCAAUCAUACCAUUCACAGUAAUGCUAGAAACUAUUUUCCUCAAGAAGCAGUUCAGCCAGAAAAUAAAGUUCUCUCUUUUCCUCUUACUUGUUGGAGUUGGCAUUGCCUCUAUCACAGACCUUCAGCUCAAUUUUGUUGGAACCAUGUUGUCCAUUCUAGCUAUCAUAACCACAUGUGUUGGCCAAAUUCUGACCAACACAAUACAGAAGAAGCUUAAUGUUUCUUCCACACAGCUGCUUUACCAGUCUGCUCCAUUCCAAGCAGCAAUUCUUUUUGUUUCAGGCCCUCUCGUGGAUCAGAUGCUCACCAAGCAAAAUGUCUUUGCCUACAAAUAUUCUCCUAUAGUUUUGACAUUCAUCAUCAUGUCCUGUUUGAUAGCUGUUUCUGUGAACUUUAGCACCUUUCUAGUCAUAGGAAAAACAUCUCCUGUAACUUAUCAAGUGCUAGGCCACCUCAAGACUUGCCUUGUUCUAGCAUUUGGCUACUCAUUACUCCAUGACCCUUUCACCGAGAGGAACAUUAUUGGAAUACUGGUUGCCAUUUGUGGAAUGGGCUUCUAUUCUUAUUUCUGCACUCAGGAGAACAAAAAGAAACAGUCAGUUGAUCCCCCGUUGGCAUCUCAGGUUAAAGAUAAAGAUAACUCACCACUUUUGGCUGGGAAAAACAUGGAUAAUCAAGAAAAGGAGAGUCAUGAGCCUAAGAAAUCAAGCAAGGACUCUCUUGUUUAAAAGAACAAGCUCCUUUGUUCUUUAAGAUUUUUUUUUUUAUAUUUUGGAGUUCUUUCCAUGUUUAGGAUACCUU